AGUGCUGGAGAGCAGAGACCGGCAGCACAAGGCAGCAUGUCUGUUUCUAUCUGACGACUCUUGGAUCUCCCCGAGCACAGCUGUCGGGCUGCUGCUGCUGACGACUUGUGUGCUCACUCGGUGAGGGAGCGCUUGAGCGCGUAGUAUACACCAGAGUUUACCAGUGGCAAUGCAUGUUCAACUCUACUGGUUUUCAUAGCACUACCACACGUGUGAGAAGAUUUAACCAGCUUUGCACUGGACCUGACUCAACACCCAUGAUCCCCAGCCAACCCUGGCAUACCCUCUCAUUAAGAUGGGAAAUGCCUCCGAAACAUUUCUGUUCAUGUCUAAAAUAUCAAAAGACAAUGACUUCAUCAUGGGAACGCUCUACACCAUUUUUGGUGUGCUGUCGGUGCUUGGAAAUGGCAUCCUGCUGUUCGUGGCCUAUAGAAAGAAGUCCUCCUUGAAGCCAGCAGAGUUCUUUGUGGUAAACCUGUCCAUCAGUGACCUGAGCAUGACCGUAACCUUGUUUCCAUUUGCAAUACCUUCAACCUACACACACAUGUGGUUGUUUAAUGAGACAGCCUGUACUGUGUAUGCCUUUUGUGGUGUUUUGUUUGGCCUGUGCAGUCUGACCAACCUAACAGUGCUCUCCUGUGUCUGCUGGCUCAAGGUCUGCUGUCCUAACUACGGUAACAAGUUUUCAUAUGUCCAUGCAUGCCUGCUGGUUGCAGGCAUCUGGUGCUACGCUGGAGUCUUUGCUGUCGGUCCCCUGUCGGGCUGGGGAGAGUACGGGCCUGAGCCUUAUGGUACAGCAUGCUGCAUCAACUGGCAUGCGCCGAACUAUAAUUCUGCAGCUAUGAGCUACAUCAUCUGUCUCUUCUUCUUCUGCUAUAUUUUGCCCUGCACUAUAAUUUUUCUUUCCUACACAUUCAUCCUGCUGACUGUCCGUGGCUCACACCAGGCUGUGCAGCAGCAUAUGUCCCCACAGAACAAGAUCACCAAUGCACAAGCGCUUAUCGUUAAGCUUUCAGUGGCAGUUUGCAUCGGUUUCCUGACAGCAUGGAGUCCAUAUGCUAUUGUGUCUUUGUGGGCAGCGUUUGGUAACUCAACAACUGUACCACCUAUAGCUUUUGCUGUGGCAGCUAUCUUUGCCAAGUCCUCCACCCUUUACAACCCUAUCGUCUACCUGGCUUUCAAGCCCAAUUUUCGCAAGUCCUUGUGUCGAGAUGUGGCGAAUUGCAGAAGGAGACUCUGUGGAUGUUUGUGCCAGGGUGGCUCUGCAGAGAAGGGAAUUUGCAGGCAGUCCCAUCACAAAGAAGAAUGCAACUCUACAAGGUUAUCCAAUGGGUUACCAGAGAACCACAGGACCUGCAGACACUGUCCUUGCCCAGAAACAGACAACGGUAAUAGAGAAAAUUGUAUAGACUACAGUCCUCAGCAAACCGCCAGGAUUCUUCAAGGAUCCGUACACAGUGAAGUGGCUGUCAGCCAGCUCUCCAAUGAGAUGCAGAGUGACUUUCUCUAGAGGAACAAGUGGAAAAUGAAGUAUGAAGCAAAAAGUGGCACGAAUAAAGCCCAAAUAACAGUAGGUGCAAGUUGGGGGGAAAGUGAAAAUGCAAUCAAACAAACAAAAAUGGUAAGACUGAUUUAAAAGAAAUAAAAAGUUUAAAACUACUUUCAUGCCUCAAAUAUGUGAUACUGCCAAAAAAAUAUGUGGUUAAAAGCCAAUACAGGAGGAUAAGCAAGCCAAACAUUUCACUGGUGUGUGCAUCAGCAUUUUAUCAGGUCAAAUGAACAAGUGUCAGCAACUAUGUGAUCAGUUCAAGUGUAAACCAAGACUGAAGAGUCACCAUGCAAGUCAUUUUACGCUGGGCUUGGAGGGAGGAACUGACGAUGAAACUUCCUACUCCCUGAACCACAUUUUAUCUGUUUAUUAUGAGUACUGUAUUUAAAUAUUAUGUAUUUAUGUAUGCCUCAAAUUGAAGGACCACAGGGUUAUUGUUAUUGUUGUUGUUGUCUUUGUUGUUGUAUCUAAAAUGAAAAGAGUGCUUUCACCUCAUUGUCGAGGAGAAAUCAAAACCUCUACUCCUAUAGUUAAAGCAGACACUUUGGGUGUUAAUACAAAGCACUUAGGGAAAGAUUUGGCUUGGUGAGCCACCGUUUUGUCCAGAAGGUACAUCUGCAAGGAGGAGAUGUUGUCUUCUAUUUCCAUUUUUCCUAGUCACCUCUGUCCAGGCAAGAAGAUUUUGAUGGAGUGGAGAGUGUCAGCUGUUUAGGCAUUUCAGCCAUUUUUUAUAAUAAGCCCUUUUUCAGUGACUCAAAAGUAAUUGGACUAACUAACAUAAUUUUAUUGUUUUCAAUACUUCGAUGAAAAUACGCUGCAGUCAAUCAUUGGCUGAAAUCUAGAACAUGGACGUCACCAGGUUGUUGAUUUCACCGGUCCUAAUGUUUUUUCUGAUAGAACUGAAGAGGUGAAAAGUCUUCAUGCAACAUCUUCACAAAACUUAAAGAAGUUCAGCCACUUUCUUUCCAAGCUCCUUAGACUAUCUCUCUGAUAGAUUUUAUAUGACUUUUUAGGCUAAUCUACAAAGAAAAUAUCAACAUUUAGAGUGAACAGCUACCAAAAAGCAUGUUCAGCAAUUAACUCCAAUUCUUUCAUCAAUUUUAAUUUGUCGUAGAGUAACGAUGGAACAGGUCUCAUCUGGGCAUGAAACCUUUUGACAGUAAAUCGUCCAGUUACAUUUGAGCCUCUAAAAUUGAGGGACAUAUAAAGUUGAAAAAUAAAAUAAAAUAAAAUACAAUACAAUAAAAAUGACUGUAAUUUCUGAACUUAAACUUUAGGUUAUUGCAGUUACUUUUGUUAAACUUCUUGUCUGAUUUAAAACUCACCGUGAUGGUGUGCAGAGGCAAAAUUGCCAAAAAAAAAGAAAACACUGUCCAAAUACUUAUGGACACUAACUGUUUGUGAUCAGAACUACAUUGAACUCUGUCAGUGAUUCUGUUUGGGUGGUUUUAGCACUUUCUGAAGACCAGUUUAAAAGAGCAAAAAGAAAUUUCUUUGUGCAGAAUUUCUGCUGCAAAUGAAUUAGUAUCUUUUAUGACAUUAACUGUGGAAAAGACUCAUUAAAAGGCUGAUUGAUGAUUUAUUUAUCUUGAAUUCCGAGCCUGGGAUUAUAAGGUUGCCUUUGGUGGCAGAGCUGGGUCAUAUUUUCAUUCUUUUCAAAAAGAAGAAGAAAAAAUAAAUAAAUAAAAUGAAAAAAAAAAACACCUGCAGCAUUUAGAACUUAAAAGCUUAUUUUUCAUAUUUUGGGUUAGGAUUUUUUUUCAUGUCACAGAAGCAUCUCUACAAUGUAGCCCAACUAGCCAAGGAAAAAGUGAGAUGGUUAUUUGGUUUAAAACAAGCACUUUAGGAAAACAAACUUUUUCAUUAUCUUUGGUUGCCUUAGGGCUUGGAAAGAGGCUUUAAUCAGGGUACUAAAAAAAUGUUGUCCUGUUCCAAAUUUCCGCAAAUAAACAAGUUAGUGUGUUAUUAUUACUGGCUUCACUGAGCACCAAACCUAUGAGACUAAGACCCAAAAUUGUAAUAAAGCUGAGCGAUCUUUUAAUCAGAGCCAUUUUAACAAAAUGGGAGAAAAAAGCCUGCCUGUGGAUAGAACGCUUGCCUUUAGUACUUCUUUUGCUUGUUUUUAAUGUGAGAGACACAAGGCUUUGCCUCAGCACCCAUCAACAUUAUUUUAAUUUAAAAAAAAAAAAAAAAAAGCAUAGUGAGGAUGGAUGAGGUUAACUGAAAUGUUUGUCCAACAAGCAAUUUUAUACCACCUACCUCCCGACAGCAUAGGCCAUCAACUCAAAAGUACAAAACGACCUGCCAUGGGCAAAAUUAAUUGGAUGUGCUGGAGUGCAACUUGUGAUUAACUGGCAUGACUUUGAUACCAUGAUUCCUUUCUUACAGAAAGGCUGAGACCGAAGACUGCAGUUCUGUGCAGUUUACACACAAGCGCGCACACACACACAAAAACUACAAAAGCAUUUCAGAUUUUCUGCUUUCACGUUCAGUUUGGCAUGGAAUAAUUAGCUUAAAGUCAUGCAAAACAACCAGGUCAGCACAUGUGGUGCAUUCUGCUGUUUGCUACAAUAACUCCUCUAGCCUCAGUCGGGACAGUUUAUGGAGAAAUGGAUUCAAAAUUACUAAUACCACCUGAACUAUAAUACUCCACAUGGGCUUUUCACAAGACACUUAGCCCUGGGCUUAGACGCUUGUUAGCUCAAGGCUUAUUUCUCAGUUGUGAACUUAAGUUGUGUUCAGGCUGACAUUAGCAUUGCUCAGUUUGCUGAGGCUAGAACACUGAUACGUGGGAGAUUCAGCAGAAUUAUGUAAUUCUCUUUUUGGUGUUGUGCAUGUAAAACUUUGUGGUGAGGUCUAUUGAAUAUGAAAAUGAAUAUGCACAGCCGCACACAAUAUUAUUCAAAUGUGGAUGAUGCCGAAAACAGCAGCUGCACAGUAUUUCCUCACUUGCUCUGGCACUGUGCACAGGCAGUAAACUGUAUAACCUUGGACAAGCCAGGAAAGAAAAGGAGGGGGAAGUCCAAUUUAUUUUAUUAAGCAGCUUUAAUAAAAUUGUCCCAAAAAACACUGCCAAACUUAUUAACUAUUUCAAAAUCCAGGAAUUUUUUAAAAUAUUAGCAGAAUUCUUUCUGAAACACGUAUGAGCACUGUGAAUCCAGGGAGUUUGAAUAAAUUAAAGUAAGUCAUACUUACUUAUAUAUGUCACAGAUAUGAACGAGUGCCAGAUUCUCCACCUUUAAAGAAAUUACUUCUGCAAAGAAAAGACACAAGUUAGGGCAGAAUAGUGAUUAAAUGUGAUAACUCACUAGAUACUCAUUAAAUAUGUGACAGCAAUGCAGAAUAUGAGAGAGGUAGGUUGCAGAAGCAUGUCUCAUAGUGUUGUAAUUCUAACUUUUGUCUCGGUGUUAGGAAUUACUUCACAGUUUUUUGCCAUCUGAUGGGACUCAUCUAUUACUUAAACCAGCUUUGCAUGAAUAUGUUACUCAAUCAGAUCCACUACUGACUUUGAUUAGUUUAGUUUUAUUUAUUAGUUAGUCACAUCUUAUUAGUUUAUUGAAUAUAUAAUUUCCUACAAUAUUCAUUAACUACAAUGUCAUUAAGAUAAGGGAAGGCCAUAAGUAUAAUUGUAUCCAUUUUGGUUAUGCGACUAAUCAAAGCUAAUAAGGUCAACACUUUCUGCAUCGCAUAAAAACUCUCUCCCACACCGACACUAAAGAUCAGUCAGGAGGUACUUUAAUGCGAUAUGAUACUAGGUUGGUGCGUCUUCAUCCUCAUGCAACACACCACCAACAGUGCAGCCUUUUGCGUUUUCUACUGCAGUGCUGUUUCCUGGCUGAACACCAAAUGACAGCUGCUUCAGUCUCUAAAGUGGGAUAACCCCAGGCAACCUUCAGCUCAGAGUUUACAAAGCCCAGAUCUGUAGUAUUUGCUGUGAUAUAACUCUGAUUGUUCUUAAAACUAUUUUGUGAGGUUUCACGAGAAUAAAAGCAAUGGAAAAUCUCGAGUCUGGCCAUAUUAAAAGAGUUAUACACGUCAAGUGUUGUGAAGUUCAAGUUUGAGAAUCUUUUGAACCUGGAGCUAACUGUGAAAUGAGGUGAGGAAAGCCUCGGGCCGUCUGGAGCUCGAGUUUAUUUCAGCUGACUCAUGUACAUGUGAAAACUUGCUCCCUUUGCAAAGACAACAACAGGCUCUCCACGGACUCAUAGAGUCAGUUUUUUAUUUUUUAUGAGGAUGUUGUAGACAACAUUAUCUUCAGCUUUUCAUUUAUAUAUCAAAGAUUUCCUGGAUGUUCAGGGUAAGCAGCUCAUUGCUGUUUCUUGCUCCACAACCUCCAGGUUGGAAAAAAAAAAGUGACACAAAGCCUUUGAACUGUGUGCAGGAUGGUAUGGUAAACAUUUCCUAGAAAGAAACAAAUGAUUGUACUUAUUUUUCUGUUAUGUGACUAAUGAUGGUGGUUUCAUAGUAACUAUAACAUUUUAAACAUGAGAAAAGUAGUAUAAAAACUGAAGUGUGUGAAGUUUCUGCUUGUCAUGCUGCAACCAAAGGUUACAGUCACCUUUACACUAACUGUCAAAGCCAAAAAAAUACUGUCUUGGACUGUCAUAUUUUUCUACCAAUAUCCAGGUUAACAUAAUAAAAAAGAAAAGAAAAUGAAAAACAACAUAUCAAAGACUCGGCUUCAAGUCCAGUGCUUGAUAGGCUCUGUUUUGCCCACAGUCUUUGGGCAAAAAAAGGACAUUCAAAACAGGAAACAUAACUGUGAAAAUCUGAUUCUGAUGUCUAUUUUUUCUAUUCUGUUCUACUCUAUGAACAAAUAUUGCAAGUACCUAGGUGUGCAGUCUGUACUACUAGCCAUUCACCUGGGUAAUCUACACUGACUUUACUCCUUCAAAUAAUAUUGCAUUGUAUAUAUCUGACGUCAGGGAUUUCAUGUCGAUUGUUUGCAUGGAUGAAGAUAAUACGUGUUUGUACAAAUGCCUAAUUAUGAUGUAUGUUAUUAUAAAUAUCAGUCAAAACAUGAAAAUAGAGAUGGAGCAACACCUUGCAGUGUCUUGAAAUGGUGAUGAUUUUUAUUUUCUUGAUGUUUUAAAUGCAGUCCAAACAAGUUUCAGUCCAAACGAGCUGCUUACUUCCUUUUCCCCCUUCUAAUGUCUAUAGAAAAGAGAAAAAAGGCUGGAUAUUCAAUUGGCCAUAAUAUAAAGCCCAUUAUCCGAGUGGAAAACUUAUCUAUAAUGAUGUUAAUGUACAUGCAUCUGGUGAACUUGAAUUGAAAGAUUUAAGUACUUUGAAGGCUUUAAUGUUGUUAAACAAGCUUAUAUGAGCAUUUUACAAUGAGGGAGGUUACAUUUAGUGCCAAUAUGUCUGAGCUGUCUGAAAAAGUUCAAGCUUGGUGCAAUUAUAGUUAGUCCUUGCAUUAAUAAAUCCUGUUCCCACCAUUAGAGUGUGUUAAAACUUUUGCUAAUCAUAUUAAUCUUAACCUUCUUUCUGAAGGUUUCUGUAUCUGUAUCUUCUGUAUCUCUAUAUUCUGUCAAGAUACAGCCUGGCAACAUGGCAAAGACCUUUGAGUCUAUGCUUGGUCAGAAUAUUACGUUACAUUCUGUUUGCACUGUGUUAUAAUAGCUGUAUUAAUGCAUUGUAAAUAAAGAUUAAUGUAAUUGAGCAAUGCAACUAGAAUUUUCUGACUAAAACAGCCAAGUCUUUAAAUCAGUCCAUGUUUCCCUUUUUAUUUUCUGAGAUGCAGUUUUGUUCAUGAGUACACAAACACCAGGAGUUUUGAUGCACCUUUCUUCAGCUUUUUAGACACAAACAAAGCUGAAUGUGUUGUGUAAAUAUGUAUAUGUGUGUCUGUAUGUAUGUAUAUGAAAACAAUUCUGUCUAACUACAUAGGCUUGAACAAAUGCGUUAGAUGUAUUAAAUUAUUCUCAUUGUUGUCAGUGAUGUUUCAGAUGCACUGUGAAAAUGUUUACAGCUUUUGUUUCUUGUUUUAAAAUUAUUAAAGAUUGUUUAAAAAAGUGUAACAUAUAUUUAGCCAAUGCAAUAUCAUUUGUUCAGAAGUAAA